AUCCACCAAACACAAAUUUCCAAACUUUUUUUUCCAAGUUUAAUUGGACCACUAUAAUGGAUGAAUCCGUGGGUUUAUUUGUCACGCUUGAUAGUAUAAUCUAUAAAAAAAAAACAUGCCAAAAUGCCACUAUAAAGAUCUCAUCAAUACAUUUUAUUAGAAUAUUAUUAGUGAUUUUUAUUAUAGGGGUUUAUUUGACGCUUGCGCACAGAGGCCAACAUUUUGCUCAACUUGUAAGUUGAGCAGGUGGGAGGGAUGGAGGAGGAGGAGGAGGAGGAGGGAGGCUGAAACUUUCUAUCAAUUAUUGGAGACUUUUACGCGUUUUUACGCGUCAUUGAAUCUAUAUAUAUUAAUCAGCACCAUGGAGAGCUCUGGAGCUGGAGCAACCUGCACUAAGCCUCAGCGGUGCUGCGCUGUCCAUGGUGCUGAAAUCAUUGGACUACUAUAUUGGAUGAACCCAUGGUUUGAUUUGGCACGCUCAAUAGUAUUAUCUAUAGAAGAAAAACAUGCCAAAAUGCCACUAUAAAGAUCUCAUCAAUACAUUUUAUUAGAAUAUUAUUAGUGAUUUUUAUUAUAGGGGUUUAUUUGACGCUUGCGCACAGAGGCCAACAUUUUGCUCAACUUGUAAGUUGAGCAGGUGGGAGGGAUGGAGGAGGAGGAGGAGGAGGGAGGCUGAAAGAAGAGGAGGAGGAGGGGGGGAGGAAGAGGGAUGCCGGGAGGCGCCUGUCGAUGUUAACAGCUCAGUAGUCUUGGUGAAGGAGAGCAGAGAGCAGAGGAGAGCUCUGCAGCUUGUCCUGCUCCCUCUCCCAGGCGUUUCAUGGUCAGGGGGCCACACUGCUUGCGAGGUUUGGUUGCAGAAAGAAGAAGGAGGAAGAUGAUGACCAUGAACAUGAACAGCAAGCAGCAUUUCUCCAUGCACCCGGCUCUGCACGAGCCCAAGUAUCCCGGCCUGCACUCUGCAGGCUCGGAGGGCAUGCGCAGAGUCUGUCUGCCCCCCCCACAGCUGCAGGGCAAUCUAUUCGUCGGAGGAGGCUUUGAUGAGAGCCUGCUGGCACGGGCAGAGGCUCUGGCGGCUGCUGACAGCAGCAGCAGCAUCGUCUCUCACGGCACCAAGAGUCACCCGUUCAAACCAGACGUCACUUACCAUACCAUGAGCAGUGUGCCCUGCACCUCAGCAUCCUCUUCCUCUUCUUCAUCCUCCUCCACCACCAUCUCCUCCCACCAUCACCACCACCACCACCUCGGACAGACCCUGGAGGCUGGAGACCUCCUGCUGGAUCACCUCUCCAACAGCCUGCAGGCUGUGACCGGGAUGGGUGCUCCGGAGCCUCACCACCAGCACCACCAGCACCACCAGCACCACCAGCACCUGCAGACCAUGGGGCAGCUGCACCAGGCGAUGGCCAGCAUGCACCACCCUCACUCCUUGUCCGUGCAUGGAGGCAUGGCGUGCGUAAACGACGUGGAGUCGGAUCCCAGAGAGCUGGAAGCGUUUGCAGAGAGGUUCAAGCAGAGGAGGAUCAAACUGGGAGUGACCCAGGCGGACGUCGGGGGUGCGCUGGCUAACCUCAAGAUCCCCGGUGUGGGAUCCUUGAGCCAGAGCACCAUCUGCAGGUUCGAGUCCCUCACCUUGUCGCACAACAACAUGAUCGCGCUGAAGCCGGUGCUGCAGGCCUGGCUGGAGGAGGCGGAGGCGGCGCACCGGGAGAAAAGCAGCAAACCGGAUCUUUUCAACGGCAACGAGAGGAAAAGGAAGCGCACCUCCAUCGCAGCGCCGGAGAAGCGCUCUUUGGAGGCGUACUUUGCCAUCCAGCCGAGGCCAUCCUCGGAGAAAAUCGCGGCUAUUGCUGAGAAACUGGACCUGAAAAAGAAUGUGGUUCGAGUUUGGUUCUGCAACCAGAGGCAAAAACAGAAACGAAUGAAAUACUCUGCGGUGCACUGAGUGUUUCCUCACACACAUCAUGAAUAAAAUAGCCUACUACUACAUUUUUGAUCGAGUGAUUAAUAAUAGUAGCCUAAUUAACAGGGAUUUAUUAUGAACCUCUCAUCUUCUGGAUUAUAUCUCCAAAAAAACUGACUUGUGUCACUCACUCUUUGGUGCACUUUUUUUUUUUUUUUUUUCCGAUUUUGUUAUAAUAAUGGACUCAUCAUAAAUGAUUGUUAUUAUAGGAGGGUGGUUUUUGGUGUUGUUGUUCAUGUAGUCUUGCACACACUAAAUAUGAACUUUUUUUAUGCCUCUGGUUCUGCAACCUGCAACCUCUGGUUCUGCAACCAGAGGCAAAAACAGAAACGAAUGAAAUACUCUGCGGUGCACUGAGUAUAUUUCACACACACAUCAUGAAUAAAAUAGCCUACUACUACAUUUUUGAUCGAGUGAUUAAUACUAGUAGCCUAACUAACAGGGAUUUAUUAUCAACAAGCUCUUCUUCACCUCUCAUUUUUGGAUUAUAUCUCCAAAAAAAGACUCACUCUUCGUUGCACUUCUUUUUUUUUUUUUUUUUUUCGAUUUUGUUAUUAAUAAUGGACUCAUCAUAAAUGAUUGUUAUUAUAGGAGGGUGGUUUUUUG